AUGCCUGUGUCACGUUACAAAUCAGAAGAUGUUGGUAGAGAGCCCCUCCACCAACCACUAGCUUUCGCGUUCUCCAAAAGAAUAGCGCAAAACAGAUUGUUAAAAGCAGCAAUGGAAGAACGACUCGCGAUAUGGGACGAUGAGAUCCUAGUAAACCGAGGCUUGCCCACAAAAGAACUCAUUGAACUCUAUCGUUGGUACAAAAACGGAUGGGGUAUCAUCGUCACUGGUAAUAUUAUUACCGACUACUGCCAUGUUGCUGGAUCAGGAGAUCAAAUUAUAACUCCUGAAUCGCCUUGCUUCGGCGAGCGGUUUGAGAGCUUCAAAGCAUUGGCUACUGCUGCAAAAGCGCAAGGCAGUUUGAUCAUUCAUUGGGCAGGUCAACCAUCCUGGUCGUCAACUCCUCAAUUUGGGAACUGGACAUUUGGUGCCCCUCGUGCCGCAACAGAGCAGGAUAUUUCACGGAUCAUCACAGGAUUCGCACACGCAGCUCAGUACCUCGAGAAAGCAGGAUUUGACGGGAUAAACCUACACGCUGCACAUGGUUAUCUCGUGGCACAGUUUCUCUCACCUCGCACCAAUAAACGAACAGACGCUUAUGGUGGAACCUUGACGAACCGAAUGCGUCUCAUUGUAGAGGUUGUACAGGAGAUUCGCUCUCGAGUUUCUCCUUCUUUCAUUGUUUCAGUAAAACUGAAUAGCACAGACUUUCAAGAAGAUGGGUUCAAGCCUCACGAGGCACGUGAGCUUGUUGGAGUCUUGCAAGAUGACGUUGGCCUUGAUUUCGUGGAGCUAAGUGGUGGGACAUACGAACAUGUGGGCUUGGAAUGGACCAAAGAGAGCACGAGGCAGCGAGAAGCUUUCUUUCUUGAGUUUGCAGAGAUGAUUGUCCCCGUGCUUGGAGCAGAAAGAAAGACAAAAGUUUUCAUUACCGGUGGUUUGCGCUCUGUGGGAGCUAUGGUCAAAGCACUAGAUGUCGUGGAUGGAGUUGGUUUGGCUAGACCCGCUGCACAAGAGCCACGACUGGCGGCGAAUAUUAUAGAAGGAAAAGUAGAUGGCGUAAUUCGUCCUCUCGCGCCGUUUGAUACUGCUGGGCUAGGAAUGCUUGCAGCUGGCAUGCAGAUGCGGCAGACAGCUCAUGGUGUUGAACCGUUUGAUAUGAGUGAUAGUGAGGUGGUCAAAACACUCUUGGAGAUGGUGAAUGAAAUGAGAAAGGCCGAUGAAAAUAAGGUUGAAGAUGUAGAAGUUGUGGAGUUCCCAGACUGGAUUAGAAAUUCUAAGUCUUAUGGAGUCGCCGAAUAG